AUGGCGACGCCUCCGCUCGCCGCAGCGACUCCCAGCGAGACGCCGAUACCCUCUAUGGACCAUGGGAGUGGAAGGAGUGACAAUGCACUAAUCAUGAAUUGCACAUCGGUUCCCGUCUUUAUUGCAUCGCCCUAUUUGCCGGCCAGGCUAUUUGCCGGCCAGGACCCCGGCUCCAAGCCCGCGCUCAUCGUUGCCAUCUUGUCCUGCUGA